AUGGUGAAACGCUUCUCGGGUACCAAGGUCUCGAAAUGUGCUGGUUGCGGCUCACCAUCUCACCGCCUCAACAUCUACAUGAAGGCAGGCCUCCUGGACGGGUUGAUAAAAGGCUGCCCAUGGUGCAACACCCUGGAACACAGCCUCGCCAAUUGUCCGGAAACAAAGCACGAUCUAGCCAUGCAGCUGGAAGGCAUCCAGAUGCGCGCCAACCUGCCAUCUUUCCAGCCGACACAAGACUGGGUCCACGUCGUCGGCGUUGCUGUCGCCAACGGCCACAAACCUCCCAACGGAUUUCCUUGGACCACUCAGUUCACAAAAACACUUCGCGGCAGUUUAUCGCUCUAUCAACGAGGCCUGGAUAGAGUUGGCUUCAAUAACCGCAAAGGAUUGCCAAUUGAUCCGGAUACUAAGGACUGGGAGACAGUUCAGCGAAAGUUUCCUCCUUUCGAGGGGUACUGA